AUGUCUAUACCGUUCCCGACGCUCAAUGAGACUGAGGCUGAUUCGUUUACCGCUUUCUCCGCAUCGACUUUGCCGGCAGCAUCCGCUGAGCCACGUCGACCGCUCCGGAGCAAGAACAGACCAACGGCAUUCUACGGCUCACCAAAUCCACGAGCACCCCCACAGCCAUUCUCUAGAUCUGCUGCUAAGAGAGAGUCUGUCAUGGCAUUGGGCUCAAUCCAGCACCUACAGCAUUUAUACGCAAAGAAUGGCCUGGCGAGCAAGGCAAGGCCUCACAAUGUUACGCACGCCUCUGACGUAGUCCUCGCUCUCGGUCCCAGCGCUGCAGAAGAAGGCAUGCUCGAGCCUCCACCGAGAGUGCAGCUCCCACCGUCACCUGAUACGCCAAUACUGGAAACUAGCAGCUGGAAUAAGCCUCAGUCACCCGAUGUCGCCCCUCAAACUGAUCCAGAGCUCCUCAAGCCAGCUGUCGAACGUGACAUCACCCACAUUAAGAAGCUUUGGAAUUUAGAACCGAAAGAGUCACAUCCGUCUGUGAAUAUACUCGAACUGCUGAAAUCUACCAUAUCCACCAUUCGCUCGGUUCAGCAGUACGCUAUGGCUCUCCCAUUUGACCACGUCUCUACGCCCACGACAUCAUCACAGGCAGCUAUCGGACAUAGAAGACUACCAACGCUUCGCUCUAUCUCUUACAAUAUAUCCACAGCUUCGCGUCAGUUCAGACCACCAAACCCACGUAAGACUCGUGCGUCACUAGGAUCUACCACUCAGAACGACUUCCUUGACCCGCUUGCACUUGUCCGUAGCAGUGCUUUGGAGGUACUCUCCGCUCUGCAAGACAUCGAAGAGCGCUGUCGCGUCGAAAACACCUCCACCUCCACCUUGACAUCUCCCAACCACGUCAAUGCUGACAACUUCAUCCAGUCUAUCAGCGAUCAAUCACAACUCGAGACAUUGGAAACUGCAGAAUACCACCAAAAUGAAAACUCAUUUGCUCAGAUACCUUUGAUCGAACAUCCUAUAGCUGAGACGUCGUUGAAGACAGAUGCUACUGGUAAUACCACUGGUGCGGCAUCUAUUGCCACGCAUUACACUGGAUCCGGCAAACCUGUUCCAGUGUGGCAAGACUACGAGUCUCCAGAUAUCAACUCACUCACCAACGCCGAAGAGGCGGGAGACAGGCCAGCUCGCGAACGGUGGGAAGAGCGCUUACUCAACUCUAAUGGAUACAUAUACAAAGAUGGUGUGAACAUCAAGUUAGAUUUCGACAAGGAGCGCAAAAUUACAGCGAAAUACGUCGCUUUGGUUGAGAAAAUGUUCCUAGAUACCGUCAAGGCUAAACCAAGACACUCGAGUCCAACUAUUUUAUCGUCACCUAUAAAAACAUCUGAUAAUCAUCUUGGUGAUGCAUUACAGGAUAUGGCGAUGUGUGAUUACACCAAUAUUAGCCAAGAUGGCGGUGAUGAGAGCCAUCUACCCACCUGGGCGCAGAAGAAGCUAUACCAGAGUGAUCCAUUAGGCCGCUUAUACGCACUUCUCGUUUCCUUUUUGCCAGACAGUCUGAACCAGCUGUUGCCAUCGCCUGUCAAAGACCCGGUAGCAUUUAUGGAUAGACUGUCUGAUGGACAGAUGCUGUGCAUUGUAUUCAACAGUGUUCUUCGUAGGUCACGAAGACCUUGGGGAUUCAUACCACCACAGGAUAUACACGACAUAACAGGCCUCGAGAAGGAGGAGGGCGAUGAGACUACGAAAACAUCCAAAUCUAAAACAAGUUGGACAUUCCGUCGGACUGACAAUUUGCGUAUCUGGGCAGCCGCCCUUAAAUUAAGAUAUCUUAUAUCACUCUCGCCAUCAAUAUUACCAACAAUACCCCAUAUACUCACCAACAAACCGCCGUCGCUGGAGGAAGGCGACAAGGAUAGCUCAUCACCACUAAUCGCAUCGCUGUUGGGAUUGACAAGGUCAUCCUUCAACGCUAAAGCUGUUGCUCAAAGAUUUGAGGGUUGGGAAACCUCUCUCGGUUACGCAACUGGACGAUACGUGGAAGCUGUUGUACAUGAAUAUAGACUACAAGAGGGAUUUAAUUGA